ACAGAAAGUAAUGUUUCUGAACUAGGACCUAGAAACUAGAAACAGUGUCUUCUCGUUGGUAUCCAUGGCAUCUUAGUAUUACGGAAAACAAUGGCUUUGAAGAAAUUAGUCAACUUCUCUCCCUUAUUUGCAAUCACAGUCUUCGUAGCUCUCGUUGCUCUCCUCCUCAAAUUUUACCCUAAAUUCAACUCUCAACAGAAACUGUUUACUGCUGAACAACUGGCUUUGCACAAUGGAACUAAUGAUUCAUUACCAAUUCUCUUAGGAAUUCUUGGAUCAGUGUUUGAUGUAACUAAAGGAAAAUCCCACUAUGGCCCUGGAGGUGGCUACAAUCAUUUCGCUGGAAGAGAUGCCUCCCGUGCGUUUGUUUCUGGAAACUUUACAGGAGAUGGACUCACAGAUUCAUUGCAUGGUUUAUCUAGCACUGAGGUCAAGGGUGUUGUUGAAUGGCGAGAAUUCUACAUUAGAACCUAUACUUAUGUUGGCAAACUUGUUGGUCGCUACUAUGAUAGCCAAGGAAAUGCAACUAAAUAUUUGAAAGGAGUUGAAGCAAAGGCUGCUAGAGGAGCACAGCUUUUGGAGAAACAGAAGAAAGAAGAAGCUAAACAACCCAGUUGCAAUUCAAGAUGGAGUCAGGAUGAGGGUGGAGAGGUUUGGUGCGAUGUCGGCUUCCCAAGGUUAGUUCAGAGGCCUUUGGAAAUUGCUUUGACUGGAAAAAUGAGCAAACGAUGUGCUUGCUUUACUGAAGAUCAACUUGGACAAGGAGGGCUUGAAACCUAUGAAGGAUGUGAUUUUCUUUCCAGCAGAUGCCGAGUUUAGAUCAUUUUCAUUAGUAAUAUCAUAUAAGUUGCUAUCUAUAAGACGUAACUGUUAAGUUGGUUGUAGUUUUAUAUAAAUAAAUAAAUGUAGAGGUCUUUGAAUCUUUUAUUUUUUUGAUUAACUACGGACACAGUGUUUUUGUGAAAUUAUUUGUUUUCACCUUAUAUGAGAUACAAAAAUUGAUUGAUCAUGAAACAUAGUGAUGGUGCAAAAAACAAGGAGAAAUUUU